ACUGCAAGGGCUAAAUACCACCUUGCCGCGAGCCCUUUGUCAAAACGCGCACACCUUGAGGGUCGCUUAAUGUGCAUAAUCCGUGCUGUUCGAUUGUCCGUUACCUACCCUCAAAGGACCACGAAUAAACGAAACCAAACUAAACAAGUUCAGCGACGCUUUCAGAAACAACGCGCCUAGAAUUCCUCCUGCGGUACGUGCUAAUAUCGAAAGGCUACACAUUCAAAUAAAAAACGACGCCGUUUGCUGCUAUCAACCAUUGCAUCCAAUAUCGACGGAUCAAACUUAGUGUUUAAUUAGUUCUGUUUCAGUGCUUUGUGUGUUUUACUUUAUUUUAUCUGGAGUCCUUUUCCGCCAUCUAUCAGUGGAUUCCAUUACGAAAGGCUAUAAAAGCCAUUUUUGUUUCGUUCAUUUUGUGUACUGUGCCUGUUAAUUGUGUACGAAGCAUAGCUUCAUGAUGAGUAUGCCCGAUGUUGUCGACGUUCGAAGUGAAAUUAAUAACGAGCAUGUAUUAAAUGACUGCGACAACAAUGACCAACUACUUGCGCACGACGUUAAUGAUGCUCUCGGUUCGCGAAAAGGCCAGGAACUAUUCGACCAUCGCAUAAAGGCACGGAUGCCCGUCGAACGUUAUGCGUCCGAUUACAACAUGAAUCACAAACGGCGCGGAUUGGCGUUGAUUUUCAACCAUGAAAACUUCGACGUACCGCAGCUGAAGGCACGGGCGGGAACCAAUGUGGACUGCGAAAAUUUGACCGCCACGCUCAAGGGUCUCGACUUCGAGGUGCACGUGUACAAGGAUUUGAAGCUACGCGAUCUACAGAAGGAGGUCGAACGAGUGUCGCAGAUGGAUCACAGCGAUGCCGACUGCAUACUGGUGACGAUCUUAUCACACGGUGAACUCGGCUACCUUUACGCAAAGGACUGCCAGUACAAGCUGGAUGUCGUUUGGUCCUACUUCACGGCCAACCACUGUCCGACUUUGGCUGGGAAACCAAAGCUGUUUUUCAUCCAAGCCUGCCAGGGCGACCAGCUGGACGGUGGUGUACUGCUCGCGUCCAAGGAUCGCACCGAAACGGACAGUUCGUCCUCGAUGACGUUCAAAAUACCGACGCACGCGGACUUCCUGAUCGCGUACUCGACCAUACCGGGGUUUUACUCGUGGCGUAACACACAGAAGGGUUCGUGGUUCAUGCAGUCGCUCUGUCACGAACUGAGCCAACACGGACGAAAGUAUGAUCUGCUCACGUUGCUCACAUUCGUAACGCAGCGCGUUGCGUACGAUUUUGAGUCGAACACGCCGGACAUUCCGAUGAUGCACCAGCAGAAGCAGAUCCCGUGCACGACCACCAUGCUGACCCGUUUGCUGCGCUUUGGCGAGAAGAAAUCAUUUUAAGGUGGUGUGAUAUAGACAUCCCCCGGAGACGAUUAGCAAAACGAAGAUACUUCGAAGAAUCUUUGAUUUCAUGAUUUUUCUUACAUUCUAUUAAAUUUCCUGUAUCCUUUUUUUCACUCGCAAGUAUUAGAUGUACCAUUCCUCUUGCCCCUCUCGAUUAGAAAAGCAGGUUCAGGCAUGCGAGAAAUUGCGAAAUGUUUUCGAAUCGUUAUUCGAAUAAUAUUUUUUUUAAUAAGAUUAUAAACGAAUCAUUUAGAUGCCCCAAUACUCGAUGCAUCGCAUCUCAUCUCGGGAUGUUGCCAUUUCCCUUUUACUUUAAGUGAUUUUUCUUUAAGUUUACCCAUUUACGCUACCAAUGGCCUUUGUAAACCAAAAUAACGCAAUCCAAAACAAAAAUACAAAAAAAAGGAAAGAUUUCAUGCACAAAAUACGAUAUUUUCUUUCUCUCCAGUAGUCAAAUAUGAGGCAAAUUUGAGGCUUCAUGUAACGCGUCUAGCCGCGGGAAACUUAAUUAUGUAACGUUGAAAAAUUCAUUUUCAAAGGACUGUUUGGACCCUACUUCGUUAGCUUAUAAGUUGAAACAAAAACACGAAAAGGAAUAAAAUCGUUCGGAAAAAGGCGCGAUGUGAUAAUUAAUCGGUCGUAUAUUUGAAAAAAAAAAACAAUUUGAUAACCCAUUACCCUCUGCCAGCAAAACAAGCAACAAAUAAAAAAAAAGAUAUUUCACGUAUGCGAAGCAAUGCGCUACAACAAAUACAAAUCAGCAGGAAUGGUGAAAGUAGGGAGAAAAUGAAGAAAAAAAAAUGAAAAGACUCUUAUGAUUGAAUUAGGCCGGUGUAAUAAAGGACACUGAAAUUGAUUACGAAAGGUGAUAAAGACACAAAAUACACACGCAAAAAAAACAUAUUUACGCAUAUUUACACCAUUAGCUAGGUUAGGCGCGCAACCACUUAAUGAGACGGACACGUGACAAAAAAAAAAGAAUUCGUACGCGAUGUACAAGGAAUCAAACUGAUGCUCUUACCUCAUUUAUGUGUCUCCCUAUCUAUUUAAGGAAAUGCUGGGUAGUAAUAAAUUGUAGCUGUGCAACAUUUUA